AUGGGAUAUGAAGAUGCAGAGAUGACACAUCCAACUUACAAUGUUCAUGGAUUCAAUAAAGCAAUCACAAAGCCAAAAGGAGAAAUCGUGAUGCGAAUAUUACUGGGAGAAGUGGUAACAAAGAUAACACUGUGUGUGAUUGACAUAGAAUCACCAUACAACAUGUUAUUGGGAAGACCAUGGGUGCACGCGAUAAAAGUUGUAGCAUCAACACUACAUCAGUGCAUCAGGAUUCCAAUCCCAAGUGGUAUAGGUGAAAUCAAAGGAGAUGUAACGAGUGCGAAGAUUUGCAAUCAGGUAGAUGUAAGAAAUUAUGAAGGGAAAACAAAGAAGCGAAAGGAUCGCUGGAGAAAAGAAAAAUAA